ACACGAAAGAAGAUUUGCAAGCAGUACAGGGUUACCAAGGGGUUUGGGCAGCGAUGUGCUAACCGAAUUUAAGGUUAAAAGCAACUUUGUGCCGAUUCUUCCAAGCAAGAAAUUGGAAUUGAAUGUCUCAAGUCUUUCUGUGAUCACUGAAGGGAUUGGAUGUAAAAACCCAGAUUCCAACAUGGAGAAGCUAGAGAGAAUUCAUCCAAACAGGCAAGUGUUGGCGUUUAUUUUGAUAGUGUUCUUUUCUCAAGUUCGCUCCGAGCCUAUUCGUUAUUCUGUGCCUGAGGAAACCGAGAGUGGCUCCUUUGUAGCCCACCUAACCAAGGAUCUGGGCCUGCAAACUGGGGAACUGGCCGCCCGGUCGGCCCGGGUGGUGUCUGACGAUGACAAGCAGCCUUUGCAGCUGGAUCGUCAGACAGGAGAUUUGCUUCUGAAGGAGAAACUAGACCGGGAGGAGCUAUGUGGCCCUACAGAGCCGUGUGUACUGCAUUUCCAAGUGCUCCUGGAAAUGCCAGUGCAGUUUUUUCAAGGAGAAUUAUCAAUCCAGGACAUAAAUGACCACUCUCCAGUAUUCCCUGAUGAGGAAGUGCUCUUGAAAAUACCAGAAAACAGCCAGCCAGGGACUCUGUUUCCAUUGGUAUUAGCUCAGGAUUUGGAUGUGGGUAGCAAUGGUCUUCAAAAAUACACAAUCAGCCCCAAUUCUCAUUUUCACAUCCUCACUCGAAAUCAUAGUGAGGGCAAGAAAUACCCAGAUUUGGUGCAGGACAAAGCUCUGGACCGAGAGGAGCAGCCUGAGUUCAGCUUAACCCUCAUGGCGCUGGAUGGCGGGUCACCACCUAGGUCUGGGACAGUCAUGGUUCAAAUCUUGAUCAUGGAUGUCAAUGACAAUGCUCCUGAGUUUGUGCACACCCCAUAUGAGGUGCAGGUCCUGGAAAACAGCCCCAUAGAUUCCCCAGUUCUUAGGGUCACAGCUAGGGAUGUGGAUGCUGGAAACUUCGGGAGUGUUUCCUAUGGCUUGUUCCAAGCAUCAGAUGAAAUUAAACAAACUUUCUCAAUAAAUGCAGUCACAGGAGAAAUCCGACUAAAAAAGAAAUUGGAUUUCGAAAAAAUUAAAUCUUACCAUGUGGAAAUUGAGGCCACAGAUGGAGGAGGCCUAUCUGGGAAAGGCACAGUAGUCAUAGAGGUGGUGGAUGUGAAUGAUAAUGCCCCUGAACUUAGCAUAUCUUCCCUCACCAGCUCCAUCCCAGAAAAUGCUCCUGAGACUGUAGUCUCUAUCUUCCGAAUUCGAGAUAAAGAUUCUGGAGACAACGGAAAGAUGAUUUGCUCUAUUCCAGAUAAUUUGCCAUUCAUUCUAAAGCCAAUUUUCAAGAAUUUUUAUACUCUGGUAACAGAGAGACCGUUGGAUAGAGAGAGCCGAGCUGAGUACAACAUCACCAUCACCGUCACUGACUUGGGGUCACCCAGGCUGAAAACAGAGCACAGCAUAACCGUGCUGGUCUCCGACGUCAAUGACAACGCCCCGGCCUUCACUCAAACCUCUUACACACUACUUGUCCCUGAGAACAGCAGCCCCGCCCUGCACAUAGGCAGCGUCAGCGCCACAGACAGAGACUCAGGCACCAACGCCCAGGUCACCUACUCACUGCUGCCACACCAGGACCCACACCUGCCCCUCGCCUCCCUGGUCUCCAUCAACACAGACAACGGGCACCUGUUCGCCCUCAGGUCGCUGGACUACGAGGCCCUGCAGGCGUUCGAGUUCCGCGUGGGCGCCACAGACCGAGGCUCCCCUGCGCUGAGCAGCGAGGCGCUGGUGCGCGUGGUGGUGGUGGACGACAACGACAACUCGCCCUUCGUGCUGUACCCGCUGCAGAACGGCUCUGGGCCCUGCACCGAGCUGGUGCCCAGGGCGGCAGAGGCCGGCUACCUGGUGACCAAGGUGGUGGCGGUGGACGGCGACUCGGGCCAGAACGCCUGGCUGUCGUUCCAGCUGCUCAAGGCCACGGAGCCCGGGCUGUUCAGCGUGUGGGCGCACAAUGGCGAGGUGCGCACCGCCAGGCCGCUGAGCGAGCGCGACGCGGCCAAGCACAGGCUGGUGGUGCUGGUGAAGGACAAUGGCGAGCCUCCGCUGUCUGCCACCGUCACGCUGCACGUGCUCCUGGUGGAUGGCUUCUCCCAGCCCUACCUGCCGCUCCCGGAAGCGGCCCCGGACCAGGCCCAGGCCGACUCGCUCACCGUCUACUUGGUCAUCGCCUUGGCCUCUGUGUCCUCGCUCUUCCUCUUCUCGGUGCUGCUGUUCGUGGCGGUGCGGCUGUGCAGGAGAGACAGGGCGGCCUCGGGGGGUCGCUGCUCAGUGCCUGAGGGCCACUUUCCUGGCCAUCUGGUGGAUGUCAGCGGCACGGGGACCCUAUCCCAGAGCUACCAGUAUGAGGUGUGUCUGACGGGAGACUCUGGGACUGGUGAGUUUAAAUUCCUGAAGCCAAUAUUCCCUAACCUCUUGGUUCAGGACACUGGGGAAGAUGUUAAGGAAAACUCCAAGCACAGGAAUAGUUUUGUAUUCAGUUAAGUGUUGUAUGUAGUCCAGUGAACCUCUCAUUAAUUUUGUGAAACUUCCCAUUGCAAUGCCUUACUUUUAAGAACUUGUAUUGUUAUCUAAAUAUUCAUACAACUAUUCCAAACUUAGUCAUGUCCCCAAUAGCACUGAAUUUGUUCUCUUUUAUUGGUAUUAAUUGCACUUAGCAUUUUAAAUCAUACUAGAUGUUGAAUGCUAUUUUUCUAUUUGAUCUUCUCUUGGUGAUUAAUGUUUCCAUAUCUAUAAAUUACUCAAUUAGUAUAAAGAAGAAAUUUUAUUUUAGUGAAUUUCUUAAGUUACGUCUUCUUAAUGAAAUGCUUUAAAGCAUUUAUGAAAGCUUGAAUCCCUAUGUAUUUGUGGUGCCUGUCUUUAUCACAUAAUUUAAUCUUCACAAGGCCAAACUGUCUGAAAUUCCUUACAGUUACUUUGGCCUUUCUGGUUGACUAUAACCAGGUUAAGCUCCUUUAAUAGCCAUGAGCAUAAAACUUAGCAUGCUUGUUUUUCCCAAAUUAUAUAUAAACAUACACUUCAUUAAAAUACUAAUACACUAAAAUUCCAACCCUUUUCCUGUUGUGAGAACCAUAUAUGCUAGAGAUUAUUUUAUUUGCUUGCUAUUUACCUAGUACAUCGUGUUUCAUAAAUACUGAUAUUUAAAAAUUUUUAAACAUUCUCAUUUAUAAAUAAUAAUUAAAGAGAAAAAUCUCAUAUAACUUGCCAUACCUUUUGCUAAACUGUUAGAUCACUGCUUGAUAUUAUCAUUUUAAAAAACUUAGAACUGGAAUAAGCCUCUGAAAAAUUCAGGACGCUCAAGAGCAUCAUAGGUCUUCUUGUCCUUUCUUUUGCUUUACUAAUAGAAAUCCAAGUGUGGUUUAAUAUGUGUAUUUCCUUUGGUUUUCCUGCAGCUUCUCCUCAUCUUUCCAAAGAGUCAGGAAAUUUCUUCUGAAUCUUGGCUAUUCUGUUUAAGUCCGAUUAUCAGUUGAUCUCAAUUUUUUUUUUUACCUUACAUUACUUUGCAGAUGUGGACAGUCUAUACAAAAAGAAAUAAUGAUUUCUUUUUGAUGUUUAAUUAUCUUCUGUUUUGUUCUUUAAUGUAACCUUCAGUUAUUUUAAGUUAAUUUAAUUUUUAAAUUAUGCCAAAGUUGGAUUUGUAUAAAAUGAGUAUUAUUUUGUCCCUGAAUAGACUGGAACAGUAAUGAAUUUAUCUCAAUUAUAA